AAGUGUUUUUAAUCUAAGAUUUCUUUUUAGUCAUUACCACUUCAACCAUCAUGUAGAAAACGACUUAAGUGGUCUGCUGAAGAUGUAAUCUUGCCAGAACAGUUACCAUAUCCACAAAAUGAUGAAUCUCCAAUAUCUGACUUGUUUAGUUCCUAUGAUGAUUUAUUGAAAAAUUACAAACAUAUAGUCUUACCUAUCGGUUGGAAUAGUAUAUGUGAUGAUGGUUCAAUUGUGUUUUUUUUUGUGCGUCCAAAUGGUUACAAUAAAAUGGCUGUUGUUGAAAAACAAUUAGUAUUUACUGAUGAUGAAAAAGUCGAGUGCUAUGUAUUAAAUUGCCCUGUGCAGUUGGAUGAUUUUGAAAUGACAAACAUUUGUUUUCCUUUUUCUUCACAAUUGAUUGAAGAAACUUUGUGUGGCUUAAAUGUAACUCAAACAUGCAAUGGUGGUCCUAGUGCAGAUCAUUUUAAAGGAGUUAUUGUGAAACAUACAAAUUUGGAUAUAACUAAUGUUUGGCGCCAUGUUAAAUGUCCAAUGUUAACUUCUGGAAACAGCCAAAAAUGUAAUUGGUGCAAAAAACUGUUUUCGUUAUACAGAGUUAAUAAACAGCGCCUUGGUAGUGGACAAAAAAAGUAUAUUGGACCAACACUUACACCAACCCGUGCUUUAAGGUUGCAACAAAUGGUGAAAUCAAAGCAUAGUGUUCAGAAAUCUAAUCUCAGGAAACAAAAUAUUAUUAAUAAUUUAGUAUCUGAGCUAAGUAAAAAAAAUGAGGUAAUGAAAAUGUUGACUGAUGCUUCUGUCCAAAAUAUAUUACAAAAGUCAAAUUUAAAUGAACCUCAGCGUACACUAAUUCAAGAAAUUAUAUCGACCAGUAAAGCUUCAAAUCUGACUCAUAGAAGAUAUUCAGACAAUUGGAUUUUGCUCUGUAUUCUCCUUCAUAUAAGAUCUCCAAAAGAGUAUAAGUUUCUGAGGAAGCAACAAUUUCUACCAUUGCCAUCACCUAAGACAAUAAAAAGAUAUCUUUCAUUAAUGAAUACCACGUGUGGAUUUGAUGAUAAAUUUUUCCAAUUAUUGAAAAAAAAAAUUGAUUUACUUCGAACUGAAGAACGACAUGGUAUUCUUGUAUUCGACGAAAUUUUUUUGAGGGAAAGUUUGUCUGUGAACACAAAUAAAUUAACCUAUAUUGGAUUUGAAGAUUUGGGAGACGGGAUUAAAAGUGAAAGAUACGGAGAAAAGGCUGACCAUGGGCUAGUCUUCUUAUUUAGGAGCCUGGCUUCGAGUUAUUCUCAACCCAUAGCCAUGUUUGCAUCUAAAGGUCCUGUUCCAGGUAAAAUUCUAGCUCAGCUAAUUUUGAAAUCUAUCGCACUUCUUGAAAACAUUGGAGCAAAAGUAGAUGGAAUUGUCUCUGAUGGUGCUUCUAGUAAUCGGAAAGUUUGGAAAGAGUUUGGUGUAAGUGGUGAAUUUGAAAAUGUUAAAAACUACUUUACUCAUCCAUUGGACAAGAACAGAAAUAUUUUCAUGUUCUCAGAUGCGCCCCAUCUUAUGAAAACAGUUCGCAAUAGAAUAUACAACAAAAAGUAUUUGAAGGUAAGCUGGAAUAUUUGUAUAAUUUUUCAAAAGUGGUCUAAUAUUUUUCCUAUGAAUAAAACAUGUCCUUAAUAUUGCAUCAAAAUAUUAGGUAUCUCCUGAUAAAAAGUGUAUUAGUUGGUUUC